AUGUGCCAUAUUGCAGAAUGUGAUAAAGAUUUUAUUCGAGUAUGUGCUGUGAAAGCAGCUUCAUCACUUAUCGUUGAAAUCGGCAUCACUACACAUAAUGUUAAUCAAACAAUAGAAAUUGCUGAUACGGUCAAAGGGAGGCUAAUCAAAAUUCCGAUGGCAAAAACUCCAAGUUUUCUACUUAAUGGAUCAAAGAAAUCAUUUACAUCAAUAGUAGAUAAAUCGAACAAGACUUCGACACCAUCAGUUUCAAGUAUUUUGGAAUGCCUGUUUCCAGAAAAAGACGAAUAUACACUUGAGUCCGCCCCUAAAUUUUUGGAAUUGCAGCCAUCCGAUCUUGAUUCUAGAUAUAAUCGCAACUAUACGCAUGCUUAUGAAGAAAUAAGAAGUGGUCAUCCGUAUUAUUUUCCACAAGGAUGGUAUCAUCAUGCCCUUAAGGUCAGUGAUAAAUAUCCGAAUGAUACAGCUUGGCUUGGCAUGAGUAAUGGUCCAGGUGAAUGGGCUGUUGCUUAUCAUGGAACAGUGUUGAAAGCUGUAAAAGGUAUUACAGAUCAAAGAUUAUUACAGGAUUUAGUUAUCACUGAUCUCAUGAAAUUUGAAGCAAAGCAGCAAAAUCCAUCGAUUCCCGAUGUGAAAGGAUUAUAUGUCGCAACACAUUGUGAUGGAGGAGCUGCCGAGUAUGCUAAGCCGUUUAACAUAAAAGAUUCUAGCGGCAACAGCAAGGAUUACCAAGUUGUAUUCCAAUGCCGAGUUCAACCAGGAAAAUUCACGGUACACGCAAGUCCUGUCAAAAUUGGUGAGGCAUGGCGAGUGUUUGAUGAGAAAGCAAUUAGACCGUAUGGAUUACUUCUAAACAAUUCAUAA